AUGAAGUCCUUCAACCUCCUCACUACUCUCUUGGCCGGUGUCUCCGCAGUCUCCGCGGCAGCCCUGCCGAGCGCCAUAGACGCCCGCGAAGUCGCCGAUGGUUUCUAUCAGGUUUCCACCGACGAUUCCGGCAACACAAAGACCACUGUCAAGCCCUGGGAUGAGGUUGUCACGACCUCGGACUGCGGCCCCGGAUCCGUCAGCACUGGCGAAGCGGACGACGCGAACACCUGCCUGAUCAACGGCUUCAGCGGGGAUAACGUGUACCUGGAGAAGAAUGCCUGGUCAUACUGUGUUCGCGGCAACGUCGUCUCCUUCAUCUGCCCUUACAGCCAAGGAUACAAGGGUAAGGCGGACAUCAAAGGGACUUGGUCUUAUUUCAAGGGACACUGCGGGCUGAGCAAGAUGGGCUACGCGCAGGUCUCCAACGGCAUCGGCGACUGGACGGCUGGGUAUGCUACCAAGGAUGAUCAUUUCUGUACUGCGGACUUCAAGGUUGGAUCUUAA